AUGGCAGACUGGUACCACCACCAGCACGGAUACAUUAUGCGACACGACUACAUGACAAAUGGUGGUGACUAUCAGACGCCCGACUCCGGUCUGUUGUAUUUUGCGCACACGAAAGCCAACCAUACGGCCAAAACCUUGAAGGGCAUCAAUGAGAAUGCGACUUUACCGUUUGAGCCUGGCAAAAUGUAUCGAUUGCGGCUAAUUAACAUGUCAGCUGCCUCUGUAUUUGAUUUCUGGCUUGAGGGUCAUGACAUGGAGGUGAUCGAGGUCGAUGGCGUGGACGUGGAACGGUAUCCAAUUGAGUCUGUUCAGGUGGCCAUUGGACAGCGAUACAGUGUGCUGGUAAAGGCGCGAAAUGAGACCGAUAAGAACUGGCGCAUCCAUGCGAAUAUGGAGGGCGGCACGUUCCCGAAAGUGGGCUCGCUCAAGCUCAACUUGACAGGCACGCUCACUUACGGCCAAAAGGAUGCAAAGAUGGGAGAUGGAAAAAAGAAUCGCCGCACGGACGUCAAGCCAUUCGACGACACAAAGCUCGUGCCAGUUAAGAAGAUCGAGUCGAAAGAGCCUGACAUGCGGGUGAGUCUUGAAGUCAAGAUGAAAGAGGGGCGCAAGCACGGCAAGCCGAUGGGCUUGAUCAAUGGAACGACAUAUGUCGCGCCAAAGACGCCCACGAUGUUGACCAUGACGGCGAAGAACACGACGAACCCGAUGGAUGCUGGCACGUAUGGACGCAACGUGAAUGCAGUGACUGCACCAUACAAUAGCAUGGUGGAAAUGACGAUUUUGAACUUGUCGGAUGAUGUACAUCCGUUCCACAUGCACGGGACCAAGUUCCAGGUGGUUCACAGGGCGUAUGGAACUGACGGUACGAAGCCGCAGGUUCCCAAAGUCGAAGAGCAAGAGAAUCCGGUUCGAAGGGACACGGUGGCAGUGGAUGGAUUCGGGAGUGUAACGAUCCGAUUCCUCGCGAGCAAUCCAGGUGCGUGGUUCAUGCACUGCCACAUGGACUGGCAUCUAUCUGCAGGCCUGGCGAUGGUGAUGGUCCAAGCGCCAGAAAAGGCAAAAGAGGUCCUGAAAGUGCCAUCCUACGUGGAGGAACAAUGCAGAGUAUGGAAGAAGCAAUCAGAUCACAAGGUGCGAGGACCUUGA